AUGCCUGAAGCCACCGUCAAAGCGCCCAAGAAGGGCUCCAAGAAAGCCGUCAAUAAGACCGCGACCAAGACCGGCAAGAAGAGGCAAGUCCAGGAAGGAGAGCUACGCCAUCACGUGUACAAGGCCGCUCGCCUGGCUCACUACAACAAGCGCCUCCACCAUCACUUCCAGGAUCCAGACCUGUCCGCCUGCUGCCCGGAGCUGGCGAAGCACGCGGUGUCUGAGGGAACCAAGGCCGUGACCACACCAGCCAAGUAA